GGUGGCGCCAAAAACAAGUCACUACAACACGAACGAAGAAGAAACGUGUUUUCUCUCUUCAGUCCCCAACAUGGCGUCCGCCAGGCGGUUAAAACGCGUGGCGGCUUCACAGCCUGGUUUCAUAAAUUUAAAGUCCGCUUCAGACUCCGCGGGCUCGGCCAGCAGCCGGAGAAAACGCGUGAACAAGAACAAGAAGAAGAGCUGGAACAAACACAGCGACAUAAACGACAUAGACGACUUUCUAGAAGACGUCAGGCACCAGGAGAGGACCACGGGGGGUCUGCUGUCGGAGAAGUCAGAUGACAGUUUGUUUUUUUUGGACAUCGGACAACCAAAGAAAGCUGAACAGAAAGAAGAGGAACCUGUCGAGGGGAAGAAGAGGAAGGGGAAGGUGUCACGACCUUUGAGGAUAGACCUGAUCCUGCAGCACGACUCCCUUGUUCAACCACCUAAAGAUGUGCUGGCCUAUCAGCAACCCAAUGCCAAGAAACUACGUCGUAUUGCCCAGAAGGCUGAGCAGCUGGCAGCCAAAGGCGUCGUCCCUCGGAGGCAGAAACAGCUGCUGAACAGACGGCCGGUCGACAGGACGGUGAAGAAGGCAGUGACGGAGGCCAACAACAACCCAGACAGAGAAUAUUACGACAUAUGGGGACAAGAGUCCAAAAACACAGCUGACCCCUGGUACCUUCAACAGACGGGCAAGAAGCUUGUCAAGCGUCCAGAGAAGUUGAAUGAGAAGCCGUCUGUGCUUCCUGCUGUGGAGGUGAUCGCUCCCGGAGGAUCCUACAAUCCAGAUUUCUUCUCCCAUCAGGCUUUGCUCCAGGAGGCCCACGAUAUAGAGGUCAAGAAACAAAAGGAGGAAGACAAAAUUGCGAAGCAGCUGGCUGUCAACAGAGCCGACACAGCAACAGAGGAGACGGUCUUUAAUGAGCAGGUGGAAGGCCUCGUAGAAGAGGAGAAUGAAGAAGAAGAAGUGGCUCUUGAUGAGGAAGAGGAGGAUGGAGCAGUGGGAGCCAUCGUGCUGGCAGACAAGAAGACUGAGAAAAAGAGGAAGAGAGAGAAGGCUGAAAAAAUUAAGGAGCAGCAGCGUCUGGCUGACAGACGGCAGACUGACCAGCGGCAGCAGCUCUUCCAGCUCCGCUCCAUAAAGGCCUCCAUCAAACAGCAGGCCCAGAAAACCCAGGCCAAACAGAUAAAACGCAAGGCCAAGCAGGAGGCCCAGAAAGCUCAACCCAGACGCCUCGGCAAACUCAAGUUUCAGCCUCAGGACAUGGAAGUUCAGCUGAGCGACGAGCUGGCCGGCUCCCUGCGACGACUCAAGCCAGAGGGCAGCGUCCUCAAGGAUCGCUUCAAGAGCCUGCAGAAGAGGAACCUGAUCGAGCCAAGAGAGAGAGCCAAGUUCAAGAGAAGACUCAAGCUCAAGUAUGUGGAGAAGAGAGCCUUUAGAGAGAUUACUUAGUGCUGAUCCACAGACCACAGGAGCUGAAAACGAGACUGGGACCCAUUUCAAGCCACGAACGCAACAUAAUGGAACUGUGUAUAUACAACUUAAUGCCUGUAAAGGCCCGUUUGACCCCUUUCAGACAAUUACAACUACUAACAAAUGAAUAUGUCACGUUAAUGAUAUAAACUAAAAUUAAUCGAU